AUUUUCAGAACAUAAAUUCAGAGUGUUUCACUGAUUGUAAUAAUGUCUGAUGAGUUUGUUUCGGCAGUCGAGGGCGUGUCCAAGUCCAAGCGGAAGAGUGCUUACACAUCAUGGUUCGCGCAAGAGCAGUCCUGGUUGGAACUGGCAUGAAGAUGUAGGGACAUUUUCAAGGAAAAGUAGUGAGAGCAGUGUAGUAUCUGAAUAUGAGGCUGUAAAAGUCAGGAAGAACAAUCUAACUUCAACUAGAGUUCUUGCUAGACCUCCACUUCUUCUUCCUCCGGUUUCGUCAGGCAUGAGCUAUGAUUCUUUAUACGAUGAGACAUCAACGUCGUCAACAUCUCAAUCACCAGUUGCAUUCUCUAGCAGUGUUCUUGAUGGUGGUGGAUACUAUCGAAAGCCAAGCUACAUGAGCCUGACACAAUGUACUCAAGCCAAGCAGAGACAAUCAGGAUUAUCUUGCAAUGGAAAUGCAAGACGCAGUGCUGGUUCAAACCAGUGUACUGAUCUAUACCCACCAGGGAUACUAACAGGAAGACAUGUCUGGGCCAAGAGCCAGCGAAGCUAAAAGAGCGAGCAAUGCUGAUAUUUAUCAAGUGAUUUUCAACAGCCUGUUGGUUUAUAUUUGUCUUGCUUCGGCUUCGGGAACGGUUCCUGAGAAACUUAUACACGAACUAUAGAUACAGAAACAUCUUCUGUGUACUGUUUACAUAUAUAAGAAUAUUGAUUGGAGUUAUUUGAGCUUGUAAUUGGCUACUUAAGCCACUUCUCAAUAACUUCGAAUCUGAGUCGAUUUUGUUCUUCCUUGUCUGUAAAAUCUUCACUAUGGAUGCCUUUCAUUGUUUACUUGAAUAUUUUAAGAAUCAAAGGUGGACUUCCAAACAAAAAUCAAAAACAAAAUUACAAAAUAUAUGAGAAAA